GCAUAAUGCGAAGACUGCUUAGAUACUUACGAAGCAAGUUUGCCCCUUCUUUUAGUUUUUUUUUUUUUUAUAUAAAAAAUCCUUCUUGGAAAUCCCCCAUUCCUGAUCAUGGUGACAUGAAGCAAUGGUCCUCAAAUUUGGAAAGUGGCGUGUUCAUAGUCAACCCAAGUCACUCGCACUCACAAGCGGAUCCUUUCUACACGGCAUACCGCGGGAUGGGCCACUCACAGACCGACUCCCAUUUCCAUCAACACUGUAAGAACACAGCAUCAACCGCCUGAUCCUUUGAUCUUCCCACCAUCAAACGGUUUGUACCCGCGGUUGUACCAUGGCCGCCAUCACAGUAGCCGUAGGAAAAGGUCUCGUUCCCUGCUCCUGGUUAAUGGGUGUGCGCCAUGGACAAGCACAGACACUCUCUCAAAAGUAAUGGCCAAGAAUCCAAUCAUGGGUUCGGCCAUGAAUCUCUCUGCCUUCGUCUUCUUUGCAUGCGUUUUGGCUUUGUGCUCUUCUUACGGUGAACAGAGCACCGAUAAUUCCUUCACGUAUUCAAGCUUCGGCAUCUCCCCAACUAAGCUCAAACACUAUGACUGGCGGUACAUCAGAGUUGAUCUGCCCCCUUGGUUCUCUUCAAUAUCGGUAGAAGUAGAGUCUGAUGUUGACCUUGACCAAGGAAGCAUAGACACGUAUCCUAAAAGUAAGUUGCCUGUAAUAUGCUUUCGAGAUGGUGCACCCCCUCUCCCAGAUGUCUCAAAUGUUGCUUCACAAGGUUUAGUGCCAAAUCACUUCUUUAAUAGAUCUGGCAGCAGCUUACAAUAUCUUCAGAAUGUGGAGCAAUGCUAUCCUCUGUUUGGAAAGAUAACAUUGACAUUGAGACACGGACAGAUCACACCAGGAGUUCUUUAUGUUGGUCUGUUCAAUGGCAUUGGACCUAUCAGAACUCAAUCAAAGAUGAUAAAUAGGGGCUCAGCAUUCUCCUUUGGUGGCAAUGUAACUGUUGUAGCAUGUACCAACCUUACAAUGUCGGGCCAAUACUGUAACCAGACAGCUAAUCUACUUUCCUGUGCUCGAUCUGAUCUUUACAAGCUUCAAAAAAAUUAUAUAGAUGGUGAGAUGCAUGAUCAAAUGGUAGGAAGUGUGGUAGCUUGCAGGAAUCAUUUUGGAGCAUCCUGCCAUGAAAACAUGGAGCUGAAAUUUUACUCUUUGGAUGUAAUCGAAGUAGUGGAUCAGAUAACAACAGCUGCAGCCAUCAAAUUUGAUCAAGCACGCUCAAUUAAUAACACGCAAGGCUCUACUGGAAUUGUUUUAAUGUGUUAUGUGCGAUAUGGUGCCUUUCCAGAAAAAAAUGUCUAUGAUUAUUCCAUUGAUUUAAGUAAAGCUCCUCUGGUCAUCCAGUCACCCAAGGUUGGUACAUGGUAUUUUGCCAUUCAGCUUGUUAAUCAGUUGAAUGUAUUUGGAGGGACGGUAGACAAUAAAACAAAAGUUUGCUAUUCAAUGAUUUGGCGAUUGCUUGGAUGUCCACAUGGAAAGGCUGGACCAAGCUGUCUGUGGGAAAGAUACCUAGUUCAGGAAUUUGGCAGAGAAUAUCCAACUGUCCAUGCAGAUGUGCCUGUAGAGUUGCCCAAAUUCCCUCUGGAGCCCCUUCUAAGCAAAUCCUCGUAUAAUAACAGCACAGAUCUUGCUUGGACCUAUUUUCUUCUGGAUGUUCCAGAUGGUGAAGCUGGAAAAAAUAUUAAUAUUCAACUUACAUCAAACAUGAAAAUAAGCUAUGAAAUAUUUGCUAGAUUUGGUGGAUUACCGUCACUCAAUAUGUGGGACUAUGCUUACUCAAACCAGACGGGCUAUAGCAACAGUGACUCCAUGUUUAAAUUAUAUGAUUCAAGUGAAGGAAAAAUCAAUUUUUAUAUUUUUUAUGCAAGAGAAGGACCUUGGAGCAUAGGAAUAAGGCACCCUAUUUACAUGGGUAGUCCUUCCAGUAUUCGUACUAUAAUGUCUGUUUCAAUUGAAAGUUGCCCAUAUCAAUGUUCUGAUCAUGGGAAAUGUCAGUACCAUAAGGAUGCAAGUGGAUUGUCUGGUUACAGUUAUUGUUCCUGUGAUAGAACCCAUGGAGGCUUUGACUGCAGUGCUGAAAUGGUAUCACGAGAAGAGCAGAGAUGGAGUUCAAUUUCUCUCAUUGCAUCAAAUGCUGCAGCCAUAUUCCCUGCAUAUUUGGCCUUCAGACAAAAGGCAUUUGCAGAUUGGAUAAUCUUCUUAUCUAGUGGGAUUUCAAGUGGAUUAUAUCAUGCCUGUGAUGUAGGGAGUGGCUGUGCCCUUUCUUUUCGUAUGUUACAGUUUUUGGACUUCUGGCUUUCCUUUAUGGCUGUGGUCAGCACUUUUGUCCAUCUAACUGCCAUUGGCGAAGGUGCAAAAAGGGCAAUUCAUACAGUAGCACUGAUUGUCACUGGGUUCAUGGCAGCCUCUGAUGCAACCAGGUCUAGAAAUAUUGUUCUGAUUGUUGCAAUUGGAGCUCUGGGCCUUCUCGUUGGAUGGUUCAUAGAAUUUUGCAGUAUGCAUAAUUCACAUUCAUUUUCACAUGGAUCAUGGUUCAGAAUUUUUGGAAAAUGGCAAAACAUUCAAGUCUGGUUGCUUAAUAUUAUGAGAACACUUUAUCAAAGGUUUCACUGGGGAUAUGUGUUCAUGGGUUCUGUUGCAUUGUCCAUGGCUGCGAUAAGCUGGACAUUGGAAAGCACUCAAAGCUAUUGGAUAUGGCAUAGCAUGUGGCAUGUCUCCAUCUACGCAUCUUCUUUCUUCUUCCUUUGUUCCAAACCAGCCACUUUAAUUGGCAGCAGUCAAGUAGAAUCACAUGCAACAAUAUCUGAGUUAACUCAAGAUGAUUGAAUAUCAUGACAUGGAACUGUCUUAUGUGGAAAUUUCUUGUUUUGGAUAUAGUAGCUUAGAAAUUUACAGCCAAAUUAGACUAGCUAUCAUAAUGGAUUGUGACAUACUGAUUUACAGCCAAACUUAAGACCACCUCUACCCGAAGGGGCGGUGGGUUGUGGCAGAAUACCUUGGCAUCAACUCCUCCCAUAUUAUAUUAUACAAGCACAUUCAUGCAAGAUUUCUAGUUGAAGGAAGAAUAGAAAGAAAGAAGUGUGUGUGCGCGCACGCGCGUUUUGCUUGAUUGGACCUUGUACGUAUUUUAGUGUAAAUGUAAAUAAUGAAGGUGAUUUUUUGUUUUUGAAUGAUUGGAAUAUGUUGAAACCCAAAUUGAAAUGUUGAUAUAAUUUCAGCAAGAACUUUUACGCUCUGUGAGUAAUUAAUAAUGCAAAAGAGUUUUAAAGGCG